UGCUGGUCUGCGCGAGGUUAAAAUUGAUUCUGAUCCACUAUUUAUAUUGAGGUGCGAAACAGCGUCAGAGCGAAGUUCUCGUAUGCCUGUUGAGGCGAGCGAAUGUAGGUACAAGCGUUAAUGCGCGAUGGCAGAAUUAUUCGACAUCGCUCACCUGAUUACGGCUGUCGGCGUCGACGGUGUAAAAAUCAAACAGGAGCCCGGAUUACCGGAGAAAUCGUCGAAUGAAAUACUAACGGAACUCUUCAGCACAUUCGACGCGGACGCCGACGAUGGUGUUGCGUCCCCGGAGAACAGUGAUGCUCAGCAGGCGCCGAAUGACACCAACAAUGAUGCUGACAAGUCAAUCAAGCAUCAGAUCAAGAAGAAAAAGAGUAAGAAAAAGCACAAACACAAGGAGAAGCACAAGAAAAAGUCGAAGCACAAUUCCUCAGAUAGUAACAGCGAUGUCGAAGGUAGCAAAAAGAAGAAGAAACAUAAGAAGAAAUCUAAACGGAGACAUGAAUCCGUCUCGAGUAAAUCGUCAGAUUCGGCUCAUUCGAAAGCGAAAAUGCAGAAAUUGGAAAGUAAUAAUCUUGAGACUGAUCGUACAAAAAAAAUAUCCGACACGCCAGAGAAGAAUGACAUAGUGGAUACGACAAAACUGAAUGAAUUGGAUAUAGAGAAAAAGCUAAUAGACGCGGUUACUAACGAUUGUGAGAGUCCUCUGUUGCCACCUAUAUCGACGAAGAAAGUAGAAGAUGAGUCUUACGAGCCAAUAAUAUCUAAACUCACUGAGAAGGUGAAGCAGCCUGUUCAAGGAAAAAUACUAAUAAAAGAUCUCAAGAACAGUACGGUUUACAAUGAAACUGUUAAGGAAAUUGAGAAUAAGAAAAAGGCGAAAGCUGCCAAAAUGGAAGAUGGUGAACUGUCCGACAGCAGUAGCGAUAUCAGUACGCCUACUUUAAGUCCCACUCCACCUCGAUUCAGGUCACCGUCCUUCAGUCCGAGCAGAGAUAGAAAGAAAAGUAGAAUGCACAGUCCGACGAGGAGUGCAGUCUCCGCAAAGAAUGAUCUCAGACUAGUUUUGAGAGAGAAGGAAAAGAAGAAACUAGGGGUCAGUGAUUGCAGGGAUGACGUUAGUCACAAAGAUACAAAAGACAAGGGUAGUAAAAGGAGCAGAAGUUGUCAUUCGCAGGAUGAAAAAAGAUCGAGAUCACAAACGCGAUACAGUUCGCAGCGCAGCAGGAGCGGUGGUAGGGAAAAGCGGAGAGACAAAAGUAGAGAGAAGCGCGACAGAGACAAAAGCAGUGAAAGGCGUGAUUUGGGCAGAGGCAGAGAGAGACGCAGAUACAGGAGUCGCAGUGAAGACAGAAGCAAAGACAAAUAUACGCGAGGCCGAAGUCGAAGCAAAGAAAGGAAGGAACGGAUAGAAAUUGAUAAGAAGAAGCUUUUGGAAAUUGCAAGGAGGAAUGCUAUAAAUAUGAUAAAACAAGGGACUUUGCCGCUAGCUCAACAGGAUAAAGCUAUCGCUGCUAUACAAUCUGGUGGGAAAACGGUGGAUGAACUUACAGAUUUUUGCAAAACAUUGUCGAAGUCUGAAGCAUUAGGGGAACUAUCCAAUAUCUCUUCCGAAGAGGAAAGCGAAUUUGAGAAAGGAUUUCAUCACCCUUUCCUUCUGAAGGAAAGACCUAGUUCUAUUAUAAUGAAUAUUAAGGACGCAAAACAAUUGCCGACGAAAACGUUCCAAGAAAAGGCAGCUGAAACAUCAAAUCAGCUACGAUUACAGUUCCCUGUCUCCAGCGGGCAACAACACAGAAAGACUGAAAGCGAAUGGGUGCCAGUUAUACCGAAGAAACCAGAACCAAAAAAAAUAUUCGUACCAGCAUCUACAAACGGUCCACCAGCAAUAAUGCCACCACCAUCUCCCUUGCAACCAACACCGAUAACUGUUUUCCCAACAACAGAGGUUGUCGACAUAGGCUCUAUAGUAUCUCAAAGGUUAGCAGCCAUGAGAAAAUUAAGGGAAAAUCCAAAUGACGUUAAUGCAUUGAACGCGAUGCAUCAAGCACAAAAUGAGAUGAAAACUUGGGCUGAGAGUAAGCAGAUGCCAGGUCAGUUCACGGGUAGUACAGGAGCCAAAGUGCUCACACCUGCAGAACUGUCUUCAGGUUAUCAAGCCUGGGCACGUAAGGAUCAAUUAGUAUCGGCACAGCCUGUAUCAGGUGGAAUGGGUAUGGCGUUGCUGCAAAAGAUGGGGUGGCGGCCAGGUGAAGGCUUAGGCAAGAAUAAAGAAGGAGCUUUGGAGCCGCUACAGCUAGAAGUUAAAUUGGAUAAGAGAGGGCUAGUUUCUGAUCAAGAUAUCGGACAGAAAGGUAACAGAGCAACGAAGCCUGUGGUGCCAACAGUGAAGACGUUGGAAGGCAAACACCCAGUGUCGUUAUUGGGCGAAUAUUGUUCAAAAAGGAAAUUCGGAGCACCAGUUUAUGAACUGUGUUUUGAAUGUGGUCCAGAUCAUAGGAAAAAUUUCCUUUUUAAAGUAAAAGUAAAUGGCAUCGAAUACAAGCCAAGUGUUGCAAGCCCUAACAAGAAGCAGGCAAAAGCAGAAGCUGCCCAGAUAUGUUUGCAAAGUUUGGGUCUAUUACCUUCAUAAUCAUAUGUGUAUUACUGUAAUUAUAUAAAGAAUGUAAAUUGAUUUUUUGUUACAUAGCGAUAUUUUAUUUCUCAUCGAUAAGUUUUGUAGUCGCUUUCAUAGAAAUAUUCCCGAGAAAAAUUGAACGUUUGGCAACUUGAUUUUUUCUACAACACUGUUGUGUUAUUUAUAUAAUAUAAUUAAUGAUUAGAAUCAGUUUAACGUUCAUCUUUUUCUCAAAAAGCGCGUUCAUCCAAAUUUCUAGAAUUCUAUAUAAAACAUUAAAAUUAAUAUUACUUAAUUUAUAUUUUUACAAUGAUAGAUAAUAUCAAUGGCAUUAAGUAAAAAUGUGGAGUUGCCAAUGUAUGACAUAUAUUUCUAUACGUGAUCAAUGUUACAAACAAUAUAAGAUAAACAACAUGGAAGGAAGUGUGUUGAAAUAUACCAUUUUUUCUACAA